CCAAUCGCGAUUUUUGGCACGUCACAGCCGCGUCAUCAUGUCUCCGUGUCUGCUUUUAUCGCAGGGGAAUUAAUUAGUUCAGCAUUAUCACACCUUAUCGAUACCUUUAUAUGUGAACUAUAUAUUUUAGACAGUUUGAAAGUAAAGCCCCAUGAUGGAACUGCUGAGCCAAGUGUCUAGCACACAGUUUUUGUUCCCCGCGGCCGCGGUGGCGGUUGUUUUACUAUGCGCAGCGCUAGUAUUUAUCUUCGGGUUCCACUCGGCGGAACAGCCGCAGUUCGACAAAUUGGCGCUAGUGAUCGACGACAAGAAGUCCUCGAAUAAGAAAGUGAAGAAAUCGAAGGAGAAGAAAUCGUCACCCAACCGCUCGAGCGAUGACGCGAAGGCAAAGUCGGAGAGCUCCAAGAAAUCUCCUACUAAGGAGAAAGCGAAGGAGGCCGAGAAGCCUAAACCCAAGCCUGAGAGACCAGCUGAGCCCAAAUUUGUGAAGAAGGAUGCUCCAGUUGAGGCCAAGAAGGGCAAGAAGGGUAAAGCAGCUGCGGAGACUGAGAAGCCCGCUGACUUCGACGAUGGCGGCUGGCAGGAGGUACCCAAGAAGAGCCAGAAGAAGGUGAAGGGCCCCGAGGAGAAGGAGAAGGAAAAGAAGGAGAGCCCCACCAAGAAGAACAAGAAUAAGAAGGCCAAGGAUGCUGACGUGGAAGCUGCCCGCCCUGUGGAGGAACCUGCUGAGGAGACCAUCAAGGUGUUGAGCGUGGAAGGACCCAGUGUGGAUGCUGAGGCUGCUCGUGCCCUGCAGGCGCAGAUCGAAGAAGUGCAGAGAGUGCUCAAGGAGGCCGAGCGUCGCGACAACCCGAGCCUCGCGACCGAGGAGGACGGCCAGGGCGAGGAGACCCCCGACGACGUCAAGGACCUCCGCAGCAACAAGAAGAACCAGAACAAGGAGAAGCAGACCAAGAAGAAGGCCAAUGAAGCUGCUGCUGUAGCCAAGAGUGCUUCUAAAGAGGCUGACUCCGACUCGGACAAGCAAGAUGACAAACCCAACGUGCCGGUCUUUGAUGAACUUGGAGACACCUGGACGGACGCCAAAGCCAAGAAGGGCAAGAAGAAGGCCCGCAAAGACCAGUGAGGGGCGCGCGGCCGCCGGGUCCCGCAGCCGCGCUAGCUCAAAGCCAUCACACCCGCCGCUACUCGCGCCUAGCCCCCAGUAGUCCCGCGGUGUGUGAAAGUUAUUUAUUAUUAAGUUUUACUACCUUACACAUUCAGUCGACUUACGUCCAUGUUUUUAGUUGUAUAUUUUAUUUUAUAUUUAGCUCGUGUUGACUUGUUUUUUCAUAAUAAUUUUAAUUCUCGUUUUCAGUGAAGCAUAAUAGGGUUUCGUUUUAGUAUGAUUCGUUAUGUAGUCGGGCGUUAGUGACCUUUGGGAAUCUGCAAUGCGUCCGGGCGCCGAAUGUACCGUGGAAGCGAUCAGCUAGCCAUACACGUACGGAUUUGUCCGCCGGAUCUGCCUGAAAGAUGUGUCUGACGGGCACAUCCCGAUCCGUUGGUUUUUAGCACGGACAGCGGACAGACAUCCAGCGGACAAAUCUGUGUCUAUUUCUCGCCACACAUUGACGGAUGUGCGGGCUGUGGAUGGCUGCGGAUGUGUGACAGAUCUGGCGGGCAAAUCCGUACGUGUAUGGCUAGUUAUUGUGAUGAACUUGUUUUGAGAUGAUUUUAACGAUUAACCGUCGACGUAGAGACGCCUCAUAGUUUCCGUGUAUUCAGUGCAUGAGGUGUCCAUUAGAUUACCACCCUACCUGCCUGUGUAGCGGCAGCCGUAGUCUUUAAACCUUUGAUGACCUUCACAAUCUUCUGGUGCUUGUAGUAAUAAGUAUCUUAAAUCUCCUUUCAUUCCAUUUCUGUGCAUUUUAUCCAUAUUUGUUUAUCUGGAACCGCGAACAUUGUGGCUAUCAUUUGGACAUGUAAUAUGGCUGAUAAAGACUACAGGUUUAUUUUAUCUUAGUUAGUAAUCUGUGUUGUUGAGAUAAAUGUAGUCAGGCAGCUCUGUGAACGAGAUGCUGCCCUUAACGAGUCGUGUAUUUAUAUUGUUGUUUAUUUAUUGUAGCCAUUAUGUUUCUCCUAAUUUAAAUUGAGAUGAGACCUGAAUUUGGACCAAUAUAUAAGUAUGCAUGCAGUUUGCUACUCCACAGAUAAAACAUAUUUUCCAUUCUUUUCGAACAUAACACUACCUCCUAAGUUUCUUACUACGAGUAUCGAGUACUCGCUCGCUGAAGGCUUACGUACGUUACUUGAUAUUUGAGAAAUAUCCUCGACAACGUGGUUUUAUCUUUACGCGAGCUUUGAUAUUUCUUUAUAACUGCUUAAUACAUAAUACAUAUCUGUGCUACGGAGGUGAUAGAAUGCAUAUUAAUUAAAAUUGUACCUAACCAUGCGGCCAACAUUAAAAGACAGCAUAAUAUUUUGCUAGCGAGCAAACGGCUUCAACAUUAAUGUUUUAUUGCAGAUUCCUAUUUUGUAUACCUAGUUUUUAAGAAUAAUUCAGGUUUAGGAUAUAGUCGACAUCAUUACGAAAUUCUAAAUGUCUCUAAUCGCAAAUAAUUUAUUACCUUUGUUACAUAAUAAUAGUAUAAGAGUGAGCGCAUCAAUAUUUAGUACUUGCUAUUGGUGACGUGACGUUCACAGACAGAAGGUAACUACAUUGUCGGCCAAAAAGGACGGCUUCUAAUUACUUACAUAUUUGUUUGUACCAGCCUUUUGUCUGAGAACGUCACAUUGAUUUAGUUAGGGAAAGGAAUGUUUAUAAUAAUUUCAGAGACGCAAUAUUACGAGUAACAUUUAGUUAAUUUAUUUUGGAAUUGUCGAAGUAUCGGCUGUGCAAUGUUGUAUAAACAUUGAGUUUGCUGUUGCAACCUUAUCGCGUACCUCUUUAUUGAUGCCGUCGUAAUGUAAGAGAAAAUAUUAUCUACUCAAUAUAUACCUAGCCUAUAUAUUAAAGAUCUUAGACCUUGUGAUUUCCUUCUUCCUUUAUAUGUUCAGCCUUGUGAUAUCUGUCUGCAUGGGGAGUCAAGCGGUUCGCUUAUACUUUGGCGGUCCAACAUAAUACUUUACAAGUUUGUGAAGACCCAUCUGCCUCUUUUUGAGGCUAAACAAAUGAAUGAUUUAUCAGGUAUCGGCCGCACCCCUACUUCUUUUUUUUUCCUCAUUAGUCAAGUACAUUCUACGAGAUAAUAUAUAUUUUUUGUGUUAGAGCCCCUAUUCUUUUUAACCAUUUAUUAAUAGAAAUUGCGUACUUAGGGCCUACAUUUAAGGGAUUAUCAUCACGGUACUCUCUAAACAUGAUGUAAUCGUUUAUCAAUAAUAGGUAUCUACAUUAGAUGUAAAGAUAUUUUUGGCUUGAUAUAUGUAGCGUAGUUGGUGGCCGAGGCCGGGAUGCCAACGCGUAAGGACGACGUAUCUUGAAAAUGUUAUUUGUUUUAUAGGCUCUAAAAUUGAAUGAAUGUGUAAUAUAAAUAUUUUUUUAAAAUCAAUAAAGAGUGAUAUUGA